AUGUCUCACGGACCACCUCAACCUCCACUAGCCAAUAUGUUUGGCUUGGGGCCCCAGGACGCUUUCUCUGCCUUUGAUGCUAUGGCCGAAGCCGACCCCAACAUCAUGUCGUCCCUUUUGGACCCUACAGUGUACGGGAGCUUUGACGCCAUGUCCAUGAACAUCGACAACCCCGCCGACGAUAACGCUUUAUCCGCCUUCAACUUCAGCAACACCCCCGUACCCGACGGCCUUAUCGACGACAACAAUUCCAUGAACAAUAGCUAUUCAAACAAUGGCGACGAAUCUACAGGCGUCGCUGGUGCGGGGCCUCCGCCUGUUGGUGGUAUUUCCUCGCAGGCUCUGCAGCAAGCCGGGAGCACCCUUACCGAGUUCACAAAGAGGCGGAAUUGGCCCGCCAAGGUCGUCGAAGAGCUCAAGGACUUUCUCCAAAUACUCGACGCCAACGGUCGCAUACGCUAUGUGUCGCCCAACAUCUUAACCCUGACCGGGUACUCGGCCGAAGAGAUCAUCGACACUUUUCUCAAGGAUCUCGUCCACCCAGACGAUGUUGGUGUUUUCGUCGCCGAACUUAACGAAUCCAUUGCCUCCGGCAAUCCCUUGCGCUUAUUCUUUAGGUUCAAGAAGAAAGACGGGAAAUACACCAUCUUUGAGUCAGUCGGCCAUGCCCACAUCGCCGCCGCCAAGUUUGCGCCGAACCCGCACAACCAGUCUCCCUUCUGUCAGGCCGUGUUCAUGAUGUCGCGCCCCUACCCUACAAAAAAUGCAGGGCUUCUAGACUCAUUCCUGGAACACAAAAUGGAGAACGAGCGAUUGAGGAGGCGCAUCGCCGAGCUUCGCAGGGAGGAGGAAAUGGAAAAUGAAGAGUCGCAGAAGCAGUGGCAACAAAGCCAGGAGGGCAGGUCAGAUGUAACGCCAUCGGAAACCACAAUGACAACCUCCGUGGCGAGCGCAUCUCGCGCCGCUGACAGCUCGAAUGACAAGACGUCCGCUCUGAAUGUCGCACUCACCCAAGAGGCUCUGGAAGGUGUAGCAGGAAGCCGUCCGGACUCGCUGAAAGAAAAAAUGGCCCGGUAUGAGGGCGCUUCGCACACAGACACUAUCGAAAUGUUGACCGGUUUGAGAUAUAUCGAGGGAGAAAGAAGUCGCGGCAUCACGACAGGGAACGCAAGCCCAACCCUCAUCAAAGGCGACGCCGGAAUCGCUAUCCCCCUUGACAGGGAUCCUCGAACAGGCGACAAGAAGAAGAAGCUCAAGACUUCAGAAGAAUACGUCUGCACUGACUGUGGUACUCUCGAUUCACCGGAAUGGCGCAAAGGCCCAAGUGGUCCCAAGACGCUGUGUAACGCUUGUGGUCUCAGAUGGGCCAAGAAGGAGAAGAAGAACCGGCACGGAAAUAAUGCAUCUGGCUCGCUGGCAGUUGAACGUUCAACAGUUCAGAGCUGA